UUGGUGUCAUAGACUUUGCAUUGGCUGCACACCUUCAUGUCAUUCCUCUGUUAAAGGGAACCAGCAGGAAAACACACUCUCAGCUCUUCUGGAACUGUUCUCCCCGAGUGUUGACUCACAGACUCCUCAAACAGCUGAUCCUGUAGAAGAAAUAUAAAAUGGGUGACCUGCUGGACGAUGGUUCUUUCAUGUUCACCUCUGAGUCGGUGGGAGAGGGACAUCCGGAUAAGAUCUGUGACCAGAUCAGUGAUGCCGUCCUGGACGCUCACCUGAGCCAGGACCCAGACGCCAAAGUGGCCUGUGAGACGGUGUGUAAGACGGGCAUGGUGCUGCUCUGCGGAGAGAUCACAUCCCGGGCCAACGUGGAUUAUCAGAAGGUUGUGAGAGACACCAUUAUGAAAAUAGGCUACGACAACUCUGACAAGGGAUUUGACUAUAAGACAUGUAAUGUGCUGGUGGCUCUGGAGCAGCAGAGUCCAGACAUCGCUCAGGGCGUCCAUGUGGACAGACAGGAAGAGGACAUCGGCGCAGGAGACCAGGGUCUGAUGUUUGGUUAUGCCACAGAUGAAACUGAGGAGUGCAUGCCUCUCACCAUUGUCUUAGCACAUAAGCUCAACUCAAAGAUGGCUGAACUCAGACGUAACGGCACGGUGCCCUGGCUGCGUCCUGACUCAAAAACACAGGUGACAGUGCACUACGAGCAGAAGGACGGUGCUGUGAUUCCAAAGAGAGUUCACACCAUCGUCAUCUCCGUCCAGCACGACGACUACAUCUCGCUGGAGGAGCAGAAACAAAUCCUGAAGAACAAGGUGAUUAGCGCUGUGGUUCCUGCCAAAUAUCUGGAUGACAAGACCAUCUACCACCUUCAGCCCAGCGGCCGCUUCGUCAUUGGAGGACCUCAGGGUGAUGCUGGUGUGACAGGAAGGAAGAUCAUUGUAGACACGUAUGGAGGUUGGGGAGCUCACGGUGGUGGGGCUUUCUCCGGCAAAGACUUCUCAAAGGUGGAUCGUUCAGCUGCCUACGCUGCACGAUGGGUGGCCAAGUCUCUGGUCAAAGCCAAACUGUGCAGGAGAGUUCUGGUUCAGGUUUCUUAUGCUAUUGGAGUGGCCCAUCCCCUGUCUGUGUCCUUGUUCACCUACGGAUCCUCCCAGAAAACAGAGAAAGAGCUCCUCCACAUCGUCAACAAGAACUUUGAUCUGCGGCCAGGAGUUAUUGUCAGAGAACUGAACCUCAAGAGGCCAAUCUACCAGCAAACCGCCUGCUACGGACAUUUUGGUCGACCAGAGUUCACCUGGGAAGUGCCCAAAAAGCUCAUUGUCUAAAUAUUCAGCCUGUUCGUUCCCAGACGUCUGAACGCCAACGCUGGUCACUGAAUGUGGUUUUAAACAGAAAGACAUAGUUAAGGGUCAGAGAUUAACAAUGAUUUUUAGCAGAGCUGCACACAACACUGCCUGUAAAGCAAAACAAUCACAGAAGCCAAAGGAUGUUCAGUGGAGUGAGAGGAAAUAACACUAGUCUGUGUCAAACAUACAGGGAAAAAUAAAAACAAAUGACUGGUGCAGCGGAGAUGCACCAACUACUACAGGUCAUACCUCUUCUUUAGUAAUGUUAUAUAAAAACAAAUUUAAAAUGCACAGCAAAAGAACACUUUUUCAGCACUGAAGUCGCAGGGUUUUAUUUCAAUGCUGUGAAUGUGCCUUAACCUCAGUGCUUUAUUUUCUAAUGGUGCUACAGUAUAACAGGAUCCAGUAUUUUGGUCAGUGACUCACUCACCACGUGAUGUAAUUACUGCUAAAAAAAAAAAAGGAAAAAAAAGCUUGGCUUCAGAAGGACAUGUUUUAAGUUUUUUUUUUUUACUAUAAAGUCUUAUUCUGUAACAUGUGCAGCCUGCACUUGUUACAAAAAAAAAAAUAAUUUAAAGAACUGGAAACUUUUUAACCUUAAUUAAAUCUUAGUUUUUGUUUUCUUAUUUUCCUUUUUGCAUUUUUUUUUCUUUCUCCCUGUUUUUGUGCAUAAAAGUGAAAAACAGUUACAGAACUCAAUACAUUGAACCACUCAUGUCUUACAGCUGCUGCGUUCUCCGGUCGGGGUCGGUCAAAUCCAAAAUAAUCAUCUAGCUCAAUAAUACAUACAGUGAACAUACCAUGCUCUUACUUUCUUCCUAUCACCCAGGGAUUCUUUUCUUAUUUCUUAUUCCAUGUGCUUCAUCCUUACCAUAUUGUACAGUCUGUUGUAGAUUAAGAUAAUCUGUGGAUUUUCAGGUGAAAGGGAGCAUUUGUGGAUAUAUUUCUCAAUAGGUGAAACUUCACAUUACAUUUCAUGAUCGGACAGGAUCUAAUUUAGGACAGGACGUAGAAGUCUCAGUCACUUCUUGUUUUUGUUUCAUUGAAUCAACGUGUUGAUCUUUGUCAUCGUCAUGUCUGUUUUGAUGACAGAGAUCGUGAACAGUGUAUAUAAUAAACUCAAUUAAAGAAGGAA